UCGUGAUCCAGCUGAGUGAAUGAUGACAAUAUAGGCCUUAAAUGACAAUUUCGAACUAGCCCGGAACCCAGCUUGUUUGAUUCAUGAUGACCAAAAAAGGUGGAGAAGGAGGAAGAAUUAAUGGAUGAAGAUCGCAAUGGCAUAGGCAAAUCAGAAGUACUUAUACAACAUAUCCUUUCUUGCGUGGACGUUGAUGACCUCUUCAGGUGCUGCGAGGUCAACUGCGCCUGGGAAGCUGUGAGCCUCCGCCUGCUGCGAAAGAAACUGAAACACUUCUCAUACUACUCAUCGGCAGAGAAUGCCGCGGCAGAACAUUCUUACAUCAUACAAGAUUUCUGCACAAAAACCCGGAAGUACCGGAGCGUGGCCUUGAAAGCUGGACACAAGCCCGCACUCCUGUUCUUGCUGUACCGGUCAAGCUGGAGAGAUGACAACCAUGUUGUGCGUAAAGUACGACGAAUGGUCCCACACAAAUGCGUUGUGCUCUUUUUUAAGGACAAGCCUGCCGAGCAGAGUAUUGUAUCCGAACUCCAAGAUAGGCUAUCAGGCACCGUGCUCUUCCGACCAUGCCCGAAGAGAAUGGUAGCUCGCAUGUUACAAAAGGAUCAGAAGGCGGUCACACGAAGAACACCAUCAGAUUUCUACAGUUCACGAGGAAGUCUCAACCGCGUGUCGGAGUUCUUUCGUCGGUUAAUGUUUGGACAGCCAGGUCCUUCCUCAGUCUCGACCUUCAGGAACACCAGUCCUGGAGUGAUGACAUUUCAGGCUAAGGUGAACGCUCCUCUGGAAGACUCGGACCGUAUCACUACCUACUACAUAGAAAGAUCCACUGGGAGCAAGCUCCAAGUUACAACGACGACUCUGCGCACUCGCUUGAGGCAAAGAAGUACCGAGUGCAUUCAAAGCCUCAAGGAGAACUUUGCUUGCACUAGUAAUACAGUCAUAGUUGUGUUUCAAAGGGAUCUCUCGGACAUGUUUGUUGUGCAUCGUCUUGAUCGGGUGUUUCAAGAUGUGCCGGCAAUUUUACUGCAUUCUGAAGUUGUGGAAGAGGCAAUGGCUAUUGCUUCUGAUGGGACAGCUACACCGCUUGAUAGAAGACUGGUCCUGAUAAUGGUCCUGAGGUUAAUACCAGAGACAAUGGCCCAGGAAGCUGCAAACGGUGCCGCCCCUAAUUAUGUCGAUUAAAGAGAAGCAGACAAUGCAGUGUUGCUGAAAUAUGUAGCUAAGAAGAAAAUAGGACAUCAUUGGUGAUCCAGGCCCCUUUAGUACUAAUGCAAGAUUAACCGGGAUAACUUGUGCAUACGAGUAAACAUGGACACGGCAGAUA